CAACGAAGGUGCAGCAAUAAUUUAAUUAUCAUUGCCCAUGCUUGAACCUGCAGGCUUUGUAAAAAUCAUACACGUUUACCGUUAUUAAUUCCACAGCGGGACAGAAAUUAUACUGUCAUAAAAUGCGUGUUAUUUAAGUGAUAUUUGAGUGUGUAUCUUAUCAAUGUGUACCUGUUGAAUUGAAUAACCUGUUAGUUGUGAUAAAUGCACGAACGGGGAGUGGAAAGGAGGAAGUGGUUUAGCGACUGUGUAUCAUACUAGGCGUCAUUUACCGUCUGUUGACCCCAGAUCUCGCACACCGUUUCGUCCCGUCUAUCAUCUGUUCUUCUCUCACUCCGACAUGACUUCUCUGGAUAAACCGGCAAUAAGGGAGGCAUAUAUUGAUAUUAGAAAUGACAAUUCCGAUGUUUCAUGGGCGAUACUUAAAUACGAAGGCAAUAAAAUAGUUCUAGAUUCUACAGGAUCUUCAUACGAAGAGUUCCAGUCCAAAUUGACCGACGACACCAGAGCGUUCGGCUAUGUUCGUAUUACCACUGGCGAUGAGAUGAGUAAAAGGGCAAAGUUUGCCCUCAUCACGUGGGCUGGUCCCGAUGUGUCAACUCUAAAAAAGGCGAAAAUGGGCCCCGACAAGUCACGUGUUAAGGAAGUGAUACAGAAUUUUGCAGUGGAGCUCCAUAUAACAGAACAAGAAGAAUUAGAACAAGAUUUUAUCAAAUCUGCUUUAAUGAAAGCAGGUGGUGCUAACUACGGAACUGGCCAGUGAUGAUGUAAAAACUAGACAUAAAACGUGUGUAUGUGUGUUGCAAUAUUGAAGUCUGAAAGAAAAGAAAAACAAAAAAGAAGAAGAAGAAAGAAAAAGAAGAAGAAGAAGAAAAAGAAUACAAA